AAAAGCCGAACAGUUUGAAUUUUCUAUCCGAAGAGUGCGCUUAGUGCCGCUGCUGCGACGGCGUUUAAACUUCCACCUGGGUAACCGUCGCCCCCGCCGCUCCCAAAAUUAGUUGUUUUUGUUGUCGCGUUGAGAGCGCGAAACGAAACGAAAAGAAACCGAACUCUCGAACCGAACCGAAGCCGAAGCUCUCUGGGGGAUCCGAAACGGAGAUCCAGUGCCAAACCAAAUCCCACGUAACACUCUUUCCGAUAGUUACUACUAUCUUUUUUUUUCGUGUGCAUUCUUGAAACAGAAACUGAAGAGUAAUGGUGGCCGACGUGUGAGGAACCCGAAAAGAAAACAUCAUCAGGAAAAAUUCGAAACAUCAAGAGUUAUCUCCGAGGAGAAGUAGUACCCUCCUAGUUAUAUCCAGAUAAAUCGUUUAUAGCAAACAGACAGGAUGUUUGAUGUCUUUGGGUCCGUCAAGGGCCUGCUGAAGAUCGACCAGGUGUGCAUCGACAACAAUGUGUUUCGUAUGCACUAUAAGGCCACGGUGAUCAUACUGAUCGCCUUCUCCCUGCUGGUGACCUCGCGCCAGUACAUCGGUGACCCCAUCGAUUGCAUCGUGGACGAGAUCCCGCUGGGCGUAAUGGACACAUACUGUUGGAUCUACUCGACUUUCACCGUACCAGAGAGGCUGACGGGUGUUACCGGUAGGGAUGUGGUGCAACCCGGAGUGGGUUCCCAUGUGGAGGGCCAGGACGAGGUGAAGUACCACAAGUAUUACCAGUGGGUCUGCUUCGUCCUCUUCUUCCAGGCCAUCCUGUUCUACGUGCCCCGUUAUCUGUGGAAGUCCUGGGAGGGCGGACGCCUCAAGAUGCUGGUUAUGGACCUGAACAGCCCCAUUGUGAACGAUGAGUGCAAAAAUGAUCGCAAGAAGAUCCUGGUGGACUACUUCAUUGGCAACCUGAAUCGCCAUAACUUCUACGCCUUCCGAUUCUUCGUAUGCGAGGCCCUGAACUUUGUGAAUGUUAUUGGCCAGAUCUACUUUGUGGACUUCUUCUUGGACGGCGAGUUCAGCACCUAUGGAAGCGAUGUUCUCAAGUUCACCGAGCUGGAGCCCGAUGACCGUAUUGAUCCCAUGGCACGGGUCUUCCCAAAGGUCACCAAGUGUACGUUCCACAAAUACGGUCCCUCCGGCAAUGUGCAGAAGUUCGACGGUCUGUGCGUGCUGCCCCUGAACAUUGUCAACGAGAAGAUCUACGUUUUCCUGUGGUUCUGGUUCAUCAUCCUGAGCAUUCUGUCCGGAAUCUCGCUGAUCUACAGGAUCGCCGUGGUUGCGGGUCCCAAGCUUCGUCAUCUUUUGCUGCGAGCCCGUUCCCGUUUGGCCGAAAGCGAGGAGGUCGAACUAGUGGCUAACAAGUGCAACAUCGGCGAUUGGUUCCUGCUCUAUCAGCUGGGCAAGAACAUCGAUCCACUCAUCUACAAGGAGGUGAUAUCGGACUUGUCCCGCGAAAUGGGCGGCGAUGAGCAUAGCGCCCACAAGCGGCCCUUCGACGCCUAAUCAGUGGGCGUGGCCGUGUGCCAGAGUGCCAUUUCACGCAGCCGAAAUUGGGUUAAGACGAUGAUAAGACGGAGUCGAAAAAUGGGGAAAUCGGAAAGCGGAUGGAGAAUAUAGGAAGCCGGCAAUGUAGAUGAGGCCUUUCGAGCUAAUGAACACAUAUCAACGAAUUCCAUGGUAAAAGACAAAAUCGCAAGCAAUAACCGAUUUGUGUUUACUGUUUUGCGUCAACAACAAGACACGUACAAUUACAAUAAAGUAACAAUAACAAUAACAAUAAAUAUAACAAAUAACAAAUACUAGCCGCAGCCAGAGAUGUAAGCUAAGGAUGGAUUGGUUUCGGAUUGGAUUUGUUCAACGAUCCCGUGACAAUCAAAUUUUCCAUUUGCCAAAACAAUGAAUUUUCCGUAUUGACCAAAAUCCCAGAGCCAAUCCAUCGAAAAGCAUUCUGGAAAACCUUUGAAAGAGAGGGGAAAAGACAUUUUCAAACUAUAUAUUUUUUUGUGCAGCAUCAAACGAAUUGAGAUAUAGAUAGAUCUAUAUACAUCCAUAUAUAUUUUUAAUAAGCAAUUACACAUAUAUUUAUACAUAAAUAUACAGACGGACAGAAAAAAAAUAUAUAUUUACGAAUGCCACAUGCGAGUAAUAUUUAUGCUAAGAGUUGUGAUCAUUGAUUAAGACAUCUAAAAAAUGCGAAAAAUACAAAAAAAAAAGACAAAAUAAGCAAAACAAUUAUUUACACUUAGUAAAGAAAAAACGCCAGCAUAAUAAUACAUAUUUUAUUUCAAUUUUUACAAUUUUAAUUUAGAAAUUUUCGCCAGCAAAUAAUAAUUAUAAUUUCUUUUUUUUUUUUGCAUAUCUUUGGUAGCAUUUAUGUAGUUUAGCGCAAUUUUUUUUACACACACCCGAACUCAUCAAUAAAGAAGAGCAACUAAAUUUAUAUAUAUAUAUUUUUAGACGUAUAUAUUUUUGUAAAAUGAAAAUACAAGAAAUAUACAUUUAGCGUUAAGCAUAAACAUGGAAAAGACAAACAAAAAAUGAAAGACUCAAAAGCAAUAUUUUAAAAAAAGCAAUCGAAAAUCAAAUAAAAGUGUUUGUAACUGUGUGUUUAUCCUCGAAGCGAUGAACGAGCCAAGCCCUAAGCUAAGUUUCAAUUUCAAUUCCAUAUACUUAUAAAUACUUACAUUAAAUGAGAAUAAAAACACCCAAAACAUGA